ACCCCACUCGCGCUGUCAACCGCCUUCGCACGUGCGUGCGCGAGUUUGUUUACAAUCAAUCGCGGAAUCACAUGUGUUUGCUGAUAUCGCGAUCUUGAACUCGACCACAAAAGGUUGCUCGGAACAAUGGAAGCCCAAACAAUGGAUAACAAAGGCACAAUAGAAGUGACCAGCGCGUUGGUGCCAGAAAGUGGAAGUUCGCUGGAAGUAAAGGAAGAUCUUGAGCCAGGCAAGGGACAAGAAACUGAGGAAAGUCUCCCGGAUCCUUCAGUCGAGAACCAGGAUCGUGCAGCAACAACGGAGGAAACAGCGCCAGUGAUAGAGCAACCAGUAGUAGACAAAGAGAAGGCUAUGGAGGCUUCGGCGCCAGAAAUCGAAAUGGCUACGCCAUGUGGCGAUGUUCCGACUGCGUCGGAAGAAGUGGCAGCCAUGGACAUUGCUGCAGCGUCUCAAAGCUCAAUAACUGAUCAGGUGAUUGUCAAGCAGGAGGCUCCAGACAUGGACAUGGACAUGGCAGAGGACUUUACACGACGGGAGUCAGAUUUCCCAACAGUACCUCAAAUAAAGCAGGAACAAACUGUAUCAAUCCAGGAAGAAGUAGCUAACGAACAAGCAGCUGAGAAUCGAGCUGUUUUGCAGAUAGCCAAUAGCUCGUUAUCUCUUCUGUCCCAGUAUAUCAGUUCCGACUCGGAAGGCAACAUCACAGAUUCCGAGGAAGAGUUGCCACGAAAAGUCCCUAACCAGGCACGUCGAGAAUCAUCCUCAGACUUGUCCGAUGAUAGCGUUGAAGUUAUCCCGAACACAUCCAGCUAUCGGAACCAAGAGAAAGUUGUCGUCGUCAGCGAUACCGAAACUGCCCCUAACGGAAGCGAUAACGAGAUUGAUUCAGGUGAUGAAGACACACCUUCGUCUGCUCCGAUUCGUGUUCGUGGAGAAAUACUUCCCCAUGAGUUGCCCCCAAUCGAAGAGCUACAAAUCUCCGUACGCGAGGAAGAAUGCAAACCUGUGGGCCAUGUCCAAUCGAUCGUAGCACAGAUAGUCAUCGUGCAGUCCUACGCCGGAGUCGAGCUGCUAAAUCUCGACACAGUGCUGUUCCUCGAAAAGGGAAAACGCCCGCUGGGCAAGAUAUUUGACGUGAUCGGCCAGGUGGCGGCUCCAAUGUACUGCGUGCUGUUCAACUCCCGCCAAGAAGUAAUCAGCAAGGGAAUAACCGUCGGAACUCCAGUGUACUGCGCGCCUCAAACCGAACACACCCAGUUUAUCAUCCUGUCCGACCUGAUGAAACACAAGGGUUCCGAUGCCAGCUGGCAGGACGACAUCGAAACGCCGGAAUUUGCCCAGGAAUUUUCGGACGAUGAGGAGGAGCGCCGUGCGAGGCGUCGUCGCGGAAGUAGCUGUUCCUCGUCCGGUAGACAAACGCCCGAAGGUGACGGUGGUCGACGGCCAUUCCCGUACAGACGAGGCCGGGGCCGAGGCAACUAUCGUGGUGGUCAACGGAACGGACACAGCUGGCAUCACAAUAUCGCUCACCAGGAGCAGCCCCAGCGGGUGAUCAAUCCGUUUGCACUGGCAGCGGGCAUGCCACCGCCACCACCUCCACCGUCAAACUAAAUUUUAGUCCGUUAAAAACUAUAAAAUUUGUUUUAUGCUUUUGAAUUAGGAACUCAACUUUGAAGUGAAAAGUUGUGAUAUCGUUUGAAUUAAUUGUGAAUUAGAAUUUCAAAUGGAAUGUAUUUGAAUAAAAACUAUAUUCUUUUAUCGCAAAA